AAAAAAAAAAAAAAUUAAAUUUUAAGUGCAAGAUUCUUUUCUAUAUAAGCUAACUUCCUUGAAACUCCGAUGUACAAGCUGUUUCAUAUCUGCUUUGACUUUCAAGUGUCAGGUUGCACAUAUCCACCAUCCUCUGUCUCAUUUGUUAUGUCUCUGCAAUUCACUGAUAUUUAUAGUACGUUUUUUCUUGUGUGUUCAUAAAAGGGAUUAAGUCAAAGUGAUAGCAGUAUGGCAAGUCAAAUGCUGUCAUCCUUCCUUUCUCGAUCUAUGCUUUCUUCAAUCCGUUUACCUUUUCAAAUCACUUCUUCAAGGAGGGUUUCUCAAUUGAGAAGAGUAGUCAGCAAAUACAGCACAGCUGCUGCCACUGAGGAAGUCAUUACUCCACCUGUUAAAGUGAAAUACACACAACUUCUUAUCAAUGGACAAUAUGUGGAUGCAGUUUCAAGUAAAAGAUUCAAGACAUAUGACCCAAGAACAGGAAAUGUGAUUGCUGAGGUUGCCGAGGGUGAUGUUGAGGAUAUCAAUCACGCAGUUUCUGCUGCUCGUAAAGCCUUUGAUGAAGGCCCUUGGCCAAAGAUGACUGCUUAUGAAAGAUCAAAAAUCCUGUUGAAGUUUGCAGAUCUACUUGAACAGCACACAGAAGAGAUCGCUGCUCUUGAAACAUGGGACAAUGGAAAACCAUACGAACAAGCUGCUAAGAUUGAACUACCAAUGUGUGUUCGUAAAAUGAGAUACUAUGCAGGUUGGGCAGAUAAAAUCCAUGGUCUAACAAUGCCUGCUGAUGGACCACAUCAUGUUGAAACCCUGCAUGAACCAAUUGGUGUAGCAGGGCAGAUUAUUCCUUGGAAUUUCCCUCUUCUUAUGUUUGUGUGGAAAGUGGGACCUGCUUUAGCUUGUGGGAACACCAUAGUUAUGAAGACUGCUGAACAAACUCCAUUGACUGCCAUUUAUGCAGCUAAACUCCUUCAUGAGGCCGGACUUCCUGAAGGCGUCAUAAAUAUUGUUUCUGGUUAUGGUCCUACUGCUGGUGCAGCUCUAGCAUCUCACAUGGAUGUGGACAAGCUUGCCUUUACGGGAUCAACUGAGACGGGAAAAAUAGUGCUGGAAAUGGCAGCAAAGAGUAAUCUAAAGCCAGUGACUUUGGAACUGGGAGGAAAAUCUCCUUUCAUUGUGUGCAAGGAUGCUGAUAUAGACAAGGCAGUUGAAGUUGCUCACUUUGCUCUCUUCUUUAAUCAGGGACAAUGUUGUUGUGCUGGCUCGCGUACAUAUGUACAUGAAAGCGUUUACGAUGAAUUUGUAGAGAAAGCAAAGGCUCGUGCAAUGCAACGUGUUGUAGGUGACCCGUUCAGGAAGGACAUUGAGCAAGGUCCUCAGAUCGAUUCAGAGCAAUUUGAGAAGGUAAUGCGAUAUAUCAGAUCAGGAAUCGAGAGUGGAGCUAAGCUUGAAACUGGAGGAGAACAGAUAGGGUCAAAGGGAUACUACAUUCAGCCUACUGUCUUCUCCAAUGUCAAUGAAGACAUGUUAAUUGCACAGGAUGAGAUCUUUGGUCCUGUUCAAUCCAUCUUGAAAUUCAAAGACCUAAAUGAGGUGGUUCGACGAGCGAAUUCGACUCAAUAUGGACUUGCAGCAGGGGUAUUCACCCAGGACAUAGACACUGCAAACACAUUGGUUAGGGCCUUAAGAGUUGGCACUGUUUGGGUGAAUUGCUUUGAUGUAUUUGAUGCUGCCAUCCCGUUUGGAGGUUACAAAAUGAGUGGUCAAGGAAGAGAAAAGGGUAUUUACAGUUUGAUGAAUUACCUGCAAGUAAAGGCUGUAGUUACUCCUCUCAAGAAUCCUGCUUGGUUGUAGAAACACUAAUAUUCUUGGCUAUUUUUGUUGUUCUUUUAACCUACCUUGUUCUUCAUAAUAAAUGUACUAUGGGGGUUGGACUCAAUUGACCCUUUUUAAAAAUGUAGACUUAUUUCCGGUUUACGAAUAAAAUAAAUUGAUAUACAAAGUUGACAUUAAAA